UUUCGGCGGGGAGUUCCGCCGCGUCGGAACUCGCUCCAGGCGGGGAUUGGCGGCUUGCUGGCGGGGGCGGAACCGGAAGUUCCCGUGUUGUGGGGCUCAGCUGGUUCAUUUAUGUUGUUUUUCCUGUACUUAAGUUCCCGCUGUAGGUGGUACCUUUGCAGAUGGUGCAAUGGGGGAAGCAGAGAAGUUUCACUACAUCUAUAGUUGUGACCUGGAUAUCAACGUCCAGCUUAAGAUAGGAAGCUUGGAAGGGAAGAGAGAACAAAAGAGUUAUAAAGCUGUCCUGGAAGACCCAAUGUUGAAGUUUUCAGGACUAUACCAAGAGACAUGCUCUGAUCUUUAUGUUACUUGCCAAGUUUUUGCAGAAGGGAAGCCUUUGGCCUUGCCAGUGAGAACAUCCUACAAAGCAUUUAGUACAAGAUGGAACUGGAAUGAAUGGCUGAAACUACCAGUAAAAUACCCUGACCUGCCCAGGAAUGCCCAAGUGGCCCUCACCAUAUGGGAUGUGUAUGGUCCCGGAAAAGCAGUGCCUGUAGGAGGAACAACGGUUUCGCUCUUUGGAAAAUACGGCAUGUUUCGCCAAGGGAUGCAUGACUUGAAAGUCUGGCCUAAUGUAGAAGCAGAUGGAUCAGAACCCACAAAAACUCCUGGCAGAACAAGUAGCACUCUCUCAGAAGAUCAGAUGAGCCGUCUUGCCAAGCUCACCAAAGCUCAUCGACAAGGACACAUGGUGAAAGUAGAUUGGCUGGAUAGAUUGACAUUUAGAGAAAUAGAAAUGAUAAAUGAGAGUGAGAAACGAAGUUCUAAUUUCAUGUACCUGAUGGUUGAAUUUCGAUGUGUCAAGUGUGAUGAUAAGGAAUAUGGUAUUGUUUAUUAUGAAAAGGACGGUGAUGAAUCAUCUCCAAUUUUAACAAGUUUUGAAUUAGUGAAAGUUCCUGACCCCCAGAUGUCUAUGGAGAAUUUAGUUGAGAGCAAACACCACAAGCUUGCCCGGAGUUUAAGAAGUGGACCUUCUGACCAUGAUCUGAAACCCAAUGCUGCCACGAGAGAUCAGUUAAAUAUUAUUGUGAGUUAUCCACCAACCAAGCAACUUACAUAUGAAGAACAGGAUCUUGUUUGGAAGUUUAGAUAUUAUCUUACGAAUCAAGAAAAAGCCUUGACCAAAUUCUUGAAAUGUGUUAAUUGGGAUCUACCUCAAGAGGCCAAACAGGCCUUGGAACUUCUGGGAAAAUGGAAGCCGAUGGAUGUAGAGGACUCCUUGGAGCUGUUAUCCUCUCAUUACACCAACCCAACUGUGAGGCGUUACGCUGUUGCCCGGUUGCGACAGGCCGAUGAUGAGGAUUUGUUGAUGUACCUAUUACAAUUGGUCCAGGCUCUCAAAUAUGAAAAUUUUGAUGAUAUAAAGAAUGGAUUGGAACCUACCAAGAAGGAUAGUCAGAGUUCAGUGUCAGAAAAUGUGUCAAAUUCUGGAAUAAAUUCUGCAGAAAUAGAUAGCUCCCAGAUUAUAACCAGCCCCCUUCCUUCAGUCUCUUCACCUCCUCCUGCAUCAAAAACAAAAGAAGUUCCAGAUGGCGAAAAUCUGGAACAAGAUCUCUGUACCUUCUUGAUAUCGAGAGCCUGCAAAAACUCAACACUGGCUAAUUAUUUAUACUGGUAUGUGAUAGUGGAAUGUGAAGAUCAAGAUACUCAGCAGAGAGAUCCAAAGACCCAUGAGAUGUACUUGAACGUAAUGAGAAGAUUCAGCCAAGCAUUGUUGAAGGGUGAUAAAUCUGUCAGAGUUAUGCGUUCUUUGCUGGCUGCACAACAGACAUUUGUAGAUCGGUUGGUGCAUCUAAUGAAGGCAGUACAACGCGAAAGUGGAAAUCGUAAGAAAAAGAAUGAGAGACUACAGGCGUUGCUUGGAGAUAAUGAAAAGAUGAAUUUGUCAGAUGUGGAACUUAUCCCGUUGCCUUUAGAACCCCAAGUGAAAAUUAGAGGAAUAAUUCCGGAAACAGCUACACUGUUUAAAAGUGCCCUUAUGCCUGCACAGUUGUUUUUUAAGACGGAAGAGGGAGGCAAAUAUCCAGUUAUAUUUAAGCAUGGAGAUGAUUUACGUCAAGAUCAACUUAUUCUUCAAAUCAUUUCACUCAUGGACAAGCUGUUACGGAAAGAAAAUCUGGACUUGAAAUUGACACCUUAUAAGGUGUUAGCCACCAGUACAAAACAUGGCUUCAUGCAGUUUAUCCAGUCAGUUCCUGUGGCUGAAGUUCUUGAUACAGAGGGAAGCAUUCAGAACUUUUUUAGAAAAUAUGCACCAAGUGAGAAUGGGCCAAAUGGGAUUAGUGCUGAGGUCAUGGACACUUACGUUAAAAGCUGUGCUGGAUAUUGCGUGAUCACCUAUAUACUUGGAGUUGGAGACAGACACCUGGAUAACCUUUUGCUAACAAAAACAGGCAAACUCUUCCACAUAGACUUUGGAUAUAUUUUGGGUCGGGAUCCGAAGCCUCUUCCUCCACCAAUGAAGCUGAAUAAAGAAAUGGUAGAAGGAAUGGGGGGCACACAGAGUGAGCAGUACCAAGAGUUCCGUAAACAGUGUUACACGGCUUUCCUCCACCUGCGAAGGUAUUCUAAUCUGAUUUUGAACUUGUUUUCCUUGAUGGUUGAUGCAAACAUUCCAGAUAUUGCACUUGAACCAGACAAAACUGUGAAAAAGGUUCAGGAUAAGUUCCGUUUAGACCUGUCGGAUGAAGAGGCUGUGCAUUACAUGCAGAGUCUGAUUGAUGAGAGUGUCCAUGCUCUUUUUGCUGCAGUGGUGGAACAGAUUCACAAGUUUGCCCAGUACUGGAGAAAAUGAAACUGGGAUUGACCCAUCAAGAUGCUUGGCUCAAUAAGAAAACCACGUUAGGAGCAACCUUUGUAUAUUGGAGACUUCAGAGUAACCAGCAAGGAAGAGAAAUCUUAAUCUUCAAGUUACCAUAUUUUCCAAAUAUUACAUGGUACCUGAGUUCUGCUUCCUUGGAUGUCAUUGCUUAAAUAUAGUCUUGAAGGGCUUGUUUUGAAAUAUUGUAUAUAUUUUUUCAAAUGUAUACAUUGUUAAUAAAUUAAGAAAUGAGAAA